GGAUAAAGACUGGGAGGGGGGGUCCCAGCAGGCAUCUGCACCAACGGCCACUUGAGGUCAUCAUGGGGCUUGGGUGGCUGAUGGUGGCAGGUCUCCUGUGGAAGUGGCAGUGUGAGGCCUUUCAGAGAAGUUUGUUCAGACCUUUCUAGACCUAUACCUCUCUCCAGGCCCAGGAUCUGGGCACCUCCUGGGCAAUGGGCAGUGACUGUACUGACCUCUGACCUCAACCUUACUGAUAGCUUCUGUAAUUCCUUUCCCAUCCUCUCUGAUCUCAGUUAGUUAGAAACUGCCAGGAGAGGGGUCACUUGUUCACAUCGCCCCCUACCCACCCUCUUCUGCAGCCUUGGGUGUCCCUGUUAGAGGACCCAGUAGGACUGAGCUCAGAGUCCCUCCAGUUCUCAUGCCCAUGCAGGCCCAGCUCACGUGGCGAGGUGUUCCCUGUGGCUGGUGGCCAGUAGUCUCUGCAGUGGUGCUGGUGGCCCUGUAGAUGGGGACAGAGAGGUUCCAGAGGGUGGAGGUGAGGACAGCCAGGUGGAGGAUGGCCGAGGAGCCCAGCCUGCAUGUGGCCUCCCUCGGGGUGGAGGGGCCCCAGCAGGAACAAACAGAGAGAGGGUCACAUAGGAAGGAUCCACUAGGACAGGGACCUCCUUCCUUGGUCCUGCCUCUGGAAAGGGACGCAUGCAGUUGGGGAGGGGUUAGGGGUCCUCAGUGCCCGCAUUGGCCAUCUUCCAUCUGUGUCCUGGGAGAAAGAUCCAGGGGCACCUGCCUGGGUAGGGUGGCAUUGCCUUGGGGCUGGGUGGGGCUGUGAAGGAAGGUGUCCCAGGGUGCCCGGCCAACACAGCCUGAGUGCCAGCAGCCAUGUGGUGUCAUAAUUGGCCCCAGGAGCGAUGCUGUUAAUCUCCUGCCUGAGCACUCUCCCUCUCCUGGGGCCACCCAGCCCUGUGCCGGGCGUGAGGUGCGUGGCUCUCGGCACCUCUGCACUGUGUCUAGGACACAUGGAGCCCAUUGGACCUGAUGAGGGUCUCAGGACAGGGUCAGAUCCUUCCAAGCUGAUGGGGUCUCCUGGGGAGAGCUCAGCUGGGCAGUCACUCCCCUAAACUAGAAGCCGCCCAUCACCUGCUUUCCCUGUGACCAAGAGCACAGGCAGGCUGGCUCCCUUUUCUGCAGCCAAUGAGCAGGUCUGUCUGGGGGUGGGGUGCAAGGACAGCCAUUUCAAGUCCCGAGAGCCAGCCCUGAUGGACCUCACAGGUCUGUCCACUUGCUCUGCAGCAAUGACUGAUCCUUUCUGUGUUGGAGGCGGCCGCCGGCUCCUGGGGUCCAGCAAGAGUGGGCCUGGGAAGGAUGGCAGCCAGAAUGAGGUCCGACUUCCUGUGCGGCAUGAUCCAAAGCUGGGGUUGCCGGUGGCCCGGGGUGGGCAGACAAUGCCUAGCCAGGCCCCACUCUGCUUUGACCCGGGAAGUCCAGCCAGCGACAGGACAGAAGGGAAGAAAAAGGGGCGUCCGAAAGCUGAGAACCAGGCCCUCCGAGACAUUCCCCUCUCUCUGAUGACCCAGUGGAAAGACGAAUUCAAGGUGCACUCACGGGUGAAGUGUCCCAGCUCAGGGUGCUGGCUGGAGUUCCCCAGCAUCUACGGGCUCAAGUACCAUUACCAGCGGUGCCAAGGGGGUGCCAUCUCAGAAAGGCUGACCUUUCCCUGCCCCUUCUGUGAGGCCGCCUUCACCUCCAAGACCCAGCUGGAGAAGCACCGGAUUUGGAACCACAUGGACCGACCCCUGUCUGCCCCCAAGCCUGGGCCAGUCAGCCGGCCAGUCACCAUUAGUCGGCCCAUUGGGGUCAGCAAGCCCAUUGGAGUGAGCAAACCUGUCACUAUUGGCAAGCCUGUGGGUGUCAGCAAACCCAUCGGUAUCAGCAAGCCAGUGACAAUCAGCAGGCCUGUGCCGGUCACCAAGCCAGUGACGGUCAGCAGGCCUGUGCCGGUCACCAAACCAGUGACGGUCAGCAGGUCCGUGCCGAUCACCAAGGCUGUGCCGGUCACUAGACCUGUGCCGGUCACCAAGCCCAUACCAGUCACCAAGUCUGUGCCCGUCACCAAGGCAGUGCCAGUCAGCAAGCCAGUGCCAGUCACCAAACCAGUGACCACAAACAAGCCGGUGCCGAUGACAAAACUUGUGACAGUUACGAAACCUGUGCCAGUCACAAAGGCCGUGACAGUCAGUAGGCCCAUUGUGGUCAGUAAGCUGGUGACAGUCAGCAGGCCCAUGGCCAUCAGCAGACACACACCGUCCUGCAAAAUGGUGCUGCUGACCAAGUCUGAGAACAAAACUCCUCGGGCCACGGGGAGGGCCAGUGGGAAAAAAAGGGCUGCGGACAGCCGGGACGCCUGCCCCCUCCCACCCAAGCAGGCGCGGUCAGAGAGCGGGGAGUGUGGCCCACCCACCACAGGCCAGGGCUCAGCCCUCCAGCCCAGCACAGACCCCAGCAGUGGCCCCCUUUCUCUAGGCAGCAGGCCCUUGGGGGGCAAGGAGGUGCCAAGGGCCACAGGCCCUGUGUCCCUGCCUGAAGAGGGAGCUGAGCGCAUGAAGCACAGAAGGAAACAGAAAACACCCAAGAAGUUCACAGGGGAGCAGCCAUCCAUCUCAGGAACCUUCGGACUCAAAGGCCUGGCCAAGGCAGAAGACAAGUCCCGAGGCUACCGUGCCAAGAAGCAGGAGGGGCCUGGCCCCGAGGAUGUCCGAAAGAAGGCGCCGGCCCCCGCCAACACUGUCGGCAAGGAGGCGCCGGCCCCCGUGGCCCACUCAACCCCAGGUGGCCCUGAGGAACAGUGGCAACGGGCCAUUCAUGAACGGGGGGAGGCCGUCUGCCCCACGUGCAACGUGGUCACCCGGAAGACCCUCGUGGGGCUCAAGAAACACAUGGAGGUGUGUCAGAAGCUGCAGGAUGCCCUCAAGUGCCAGCACUGCCGGAAGCAGUUCAAGUCCAAGGCCGGUCUGAACUACCACACCAUGGCUGAGCACAGCGCCAAGCCCUCUGACACGGAGGCCUCCGAGGGGAGUGAGCAGGAGGAGCGCGAACGACUGCGCAAGGUGCUGAAGCAGAUGGGGAGGCUGCGUUGCCCCCAGGAGGGCUGUGGGGCCGCCUUUUCCAGCCUCAUGGGCUACCAGUACCACCAGCAGCGCUGUGGGAAGCCGCCCUGCGAGGUAGACAGUCCCUCCUUCCCCUGUACCCACUGCGGCAAGACCUACCGCUCCAAGGCUGGUCAUGACUACCACAUGCGCUCGGAGCAUACAGCCCCGCCCCCCGAGGAGCCCCAGGACAAGCCCCCUGAGGCCGAGGACCUGUUGGGUAUCGAGCGGACCCCCAGCGGCCGCAUCCGCCGCACGUCGGCCCAGGUUGCCGUGUUCCACCUGCAGGAGAUUGCAGAGGACGAACUGGCCCGAGAUUGGACCAAGAGGCGGAUGAAAGAUGACCUGGUGCCUGAGACGGCUCGGCUCAACUACACUCGGCCAGGCCUCCCCACACUCAGCCCCCAGCUGCUGGAGACCUGGAAGAACGAAGUCAAGGAGAAAGGCCACGUCAACUGUCCCAAUGACUGCUGUGAAGCCAUCUACUCCAGUGUGUCCGGCCUCAAGGCCCACCUCGCCAGCUGCAGCAAGGGAGACCAUCUGGUGGGAAAGUACCGCUGUCUGCUGUGUCCGAAGGAGUUCAGCUCUGAGAGUGGCGUCAAGUACCACAUCCUCAAGGCCCAUGCAGAGAACUGGUUCCGCACUUCGGCAGACUCGCCUCCCAAACACAGGAGCCAGGGAUCACUGGUACCCAGGAAGGAGAAGAGUCUGGCAGGCGGGAAGAAGCGGGGCCGCAGGCCCAAGGAGCGGCUCCCUGAGGAGCCUGCACCCAAGAUGGCCCCCCACCAGGAGGACUGGCCCCCAGGAGGCAGAGACAAGGGGGCCCAGGACUCCACUGGCCGGAAGGUUGCUGCAGGCACACCUGGGCUGGGGCUCCCUGAGAAGGGCCAGUGGCAGUCACAGAAGUGCAGUCGCCUGGAGGGACAUUCACAGGCCUGGCAGAGCCUGGAGGGGUAGAGGGAGGGUCUGCAGCCUGGGCCUCGGUGCCAUGGGGGUGGUGCAGAGUGGCCAGAUGCCUUUUGGCCCCAGCCAUGAGCGCUGCGUGCCCCACCUGCUUCCUCAGGCCCAAGGCUCGGGGGUCCCUGCUUCUGGGCUGAUGAAGGUACCUCAGCAGCCUCGCCUCUCUACCCAACACUGGAACCCCAGCACCCCCAGCUACCUCCCUGGACAGACCCUGAGUCUGAUCGCUGCCGUGCUGACCUGGUGGUCCGUCCCCUUCACCCUUCCCGCCUCUGGUUCCUCAGCUUCUGUUCUCUACCUCUCCAGGCCCACCCUCCCUGCCGGUGUGACCCCUGCUGUGCUUGGGCCCCGACCCACUGGCUUGUGUCCAUCCUGGUGGGGAGAAAGUGGCCCCGCCAACGGGCUCUCUGCCACCCCCAGCGGUACUCCCUGCUUGGGGCAAGGGAGGGCCUCUGGUUUUCCGCUUGCAGGGCAGCAGGAGCUGGGGCCACGAGGAGCACGCUCUAGCUUGGCCGUCACUGUGGGCCUGGCUGGGAUAGCCUGAUAGGUUAGGGAUAGCCCAGUCUGGGCCCUGGGGCCAUGGGCAUGUCGGGGAGGGAACUGAGCCCAGCUCUGCGGAUUGAGCACUGCAGGAAGCAGCCUGUCUGCUGGUCUGGCCUGGCCUGUGGCCAGGCUCCUGUGGGAACACCCCACCCUUUGUUUUUACCUGCCCCUUUGUUUCUGGUUGCGUGGUCUUUUGAUGUGAGAGCUGAAGGCCAGGGAGGGGCUCGCUGAGGUCACAGUAGGUUGAUGGGAGCUCGGGCUGCCUUGGCUCCCUUUGGGACCUUGAGGACAGCUAGGCCUGCAGGUUGGGCAGGGUUCAGGCUGGAGUCCAGGGCACCUGGAGGAGUGGGUCCACACCUCUGGCCUCCUCCCUGGGCCCCGCCUUCCAGCUGUGGCGUUGCCUGGGGAGGAGGACACUCGGAGUCACUGGGUUUGGAUGGAGGCUAUUUUCCAUAGCGGGUGGGGGUGGGCUGAGGGCUCGGCCUUGCCGAUCCUGGACGAUGUGAAUUUUGAUACUUUCCUGUGUGCUUGUUUCUCCUGGGUGUGUAGUGGAUGCCAGUCUUGUGGCUGUGACAAG